AAUAAUCUGGAUGGUGUUUGAAGAGUUCUUGGGGACACCUGUGAAUUAAAGGCUAAAACACACAAAAAAACGUCUCCAGUGGAAGUAAGUGGACUUCAUCCCCCGCCCCUUCCCUACCUCUGGCCCCUCAGCUGUGCGGAAGUGACACAGCAGCUCAAGCUUCGUGGUCACGUCACGCGAGAAAGCACAAUAAGCCCAACGAGAAAAAAUGUCAACAAGCAGAAAAAGAAGACGACUUUCGUUUUAAAUGAAGCCCCCAGUGUGGCUGCGGACAUGUCCUCCGAGUCGAUUCUAACACCGGGGGUUUUCAUGGACUGGUGACGGCUAUGAAUUUCAGUGAGCAUGGGGACGUUUCAUGUGAAGCAAUGCUUGAAAAAGAGGACGAGCAUGUCUGGGACAUUAAAAAGGAGACAGAGGACCAUGUUAUUUGUAAUCAGUCUGAGGAGAGUGGAGGAAGACGUCCUGAGGCCUGUGGAACCAGCAAAAGGACCUCAGCGGAGGUGGAGACUGAUGCAAGCCAGUCUACCUGCAGCAAGAGAGCCAGAGUCUGUGGUGACAUGAAGAGGCGACUGAUAGAUGUGAGCAGCAGACAUGAGCCACUGUGCCUCACCACAAUGGGGGAGAGAAGAGAAUGUGUCCAUGAGACUGACAGAGUUUCCUACAAAAAGCCUCUCUUCAGCAUCUCCCACAGGAUCUCAGAGAAGAGGAACACACCUGUGACACCGGAGCAGCAGACCAGCCAUCGCGUUGCAAACCAGCACAACCACAGCAGCAGCAUCUUCUCUUCUGAGUCACAAAUUCUGGAGGAAAAUGUCCAGAUGGAAGACCUGCUCAUCGCAGCGAGUUCAGGUCAAGACUCAUCAACAAUAAACUCCAGCCUUUAUCCCCUGAUAGAGAAAAUGUUCUUCAUUCUCAACACCCUCAGCUCCAGUAUGACUCAGCUCCACAGCAAAGUGGACCAGUUGACUCUUGAAGUCAUGCGAAUAAAACGGCAGGUCAAAACGUCUGAGCUGGUGACGGAGUUCCAGCCUCCUCCUGAAUAUCUUCUAACCAGCGACGAACUGAAUCAGUUGAUGGAGCAGACGUCCAAUGCUGGAGAACUAGGGUGUCGGCUGCUGGUUCAUCUCUUUCCAGAGCUGUUUAAAGCCAGGGAAUGCUCUCAUAAAUGCACAGCCAGCAAGAGAGUGCUGGAGUCUCUGCAUCUGCAGCUGAUACGUAACUAUGUGGAAGUGUGCUACCCUGUGGUCAAGAGCAACAGCAUCUGGCAGGAAGAAUGUCUUCUGCAGAUCAUUGACUUCUUCAACCGCUUCUGGACACAGAGGGACGUGGAGAGUUCUCAGUCUCUCAGGAAACAGACACUCACUGGUGCAGCUAUUAAAACUGAGCAUCCUCACACUUUUCAUUUCAUCAAUGAGCAGCGGAAGGAGGAGCAAGUUACUUCAGAUACUCAGCCGAGCAGGCUGCCGUCUGCGACGGACACUGACUUUAGUACACAAGUCUCAGACGAGGUGGACGACUUCUCUUCCCCGGAGGACUCUAUAGUUUUUCUUAUGCACCAACUUUUCCCUGAGGUGUUUGAAGGAGGCAGAAUGGCCGAUAGCUCAAACAGUUUGAGUCGAGCUGGGCAGCUGAUUUUGGACCCUGACAAAAUAGACAUAAUAAGAAGGUAUAUGGAGGCAAAUUUCCCAGAUGUGCCUAAGGACAGCUGGUUACAGGUCUGCAUCCAGCAUAUAGAGGACGCCUUCGAGGGAUCCCACAGUAACGGAAAUGAAAGUGUACUUGAUGACAUCAACAACGAUGGCAGCGACCUGGCCAGCCUUUCAGAAGACGUGUCUCCUAGUAAAGAGCCAGAGUUGAUGGACUACGAAAGACGAAAUCGCAAAUCCAAAAAGUCACUGUUGCCGCCCGUGGAUUUUGACAGUCUGGACAUUCCCCUGCCAGACUUCCACAUUUCCCAGGAGUACCUUCUGUCCAGGGAGCAGCUCAAGAACAACUACGACUGUUCCCUCUCCAUUGGGAAUUUUGCCUCUCGGCUGCUGGUGCUUAUGUUUCCUGAGCUCUUCACCCACGAGAACAUAAGAAAGCAGUACAACUGUAGCGGAUCACUUGGAAAAAAGCAGCUUGACCCUGUACGGGUGAACCUAAUCCGUCAUUACGUGCAGUUGGUCUAUCCUCAGGCCAAGAACAACAGAGUGUGGAUGUUAGAGUUUGUGGGAAAACUGGACGAAAGGUGUAGAAGACGGGACACCGAGCAGAGGAGGUCGUACCUGCAGCAGCGCAAAGUGUACGGCCCGGAGUCGGAGCAGGACUUGUUUUGUCAGCUGACUCAGCUAAAUCCAGAUGUCAGGGAGGAUCUCGAUAUUCCCUCUUUACCUCCUGAGAAAAGCAGCAAAGACUUUUGCAGAAUUCCUCUGGAUGAGUUGACAGUGUGUAAACCAGACUUCCCCGUGCCGUCGGUCUACCUUCUCUCAGAUAACGAGGUACGGGAAAUCGUCCAGCAGAGUCUCUCUGUGGGUAAUUUUGCUGCCCGCCUGCUGGUGCGUCUCUUUCCUGAACUCUUCACCCAGGAGAACCUGCGGUUGCAGUACAAUCAUUCGGGGGCCUGCAACAAGAAGCAGCUGGACCCCGUGCGCCUCAGACUCAUCCGUCACUACGUGGAGGCCGUGUAUCCUGUGGAUAAAAUGGAAGAGGUGUGGCACUACGAAUGUGUGCCCAGCAUUGACGAACGCUGUCGGCGUCCUAAUAGGAAGAAGUGUGACAUUCUUAAAAAGGCCAAGAGGUCAAGCACUGUGACCUAGACGUUCAAUAAUAUAGGCAAGUCUUUGUGUCUGUGUGUAUCGAAAUAAUUGCACAUUAUCUGAGCUGAGAGGACGUUGUUCAAACCUUACACACUGUCUUUUCAGAGUGACGCCAGGCUGUUACUAGUUUCUUUUGUUCUUUUCUUAUACUUUGUCACUACAGCAGCAGAUGCUGUAGACUAGAUGACUAAUGCGGGGUGUUUUUUUUUUUUAAGUGUGGUUGUGUGAGUACCAUCACACAGUCAGUGCUGAUAUCUAUCACAUAUAGGCAAUAAAAAAAGUUCACCCAAUUAAAUUCAUGUGUAGGAUAUCAAAUGCACUAGCCUUAAGAUCUACAUUUAGCAAAAGCCACUGAAACCACCACUUGAGUUAUACAUUUUAAUAAAUGUAAGAUAAGUUGAAGCUAAUUAUUUAGACAACAUUAAAACUCAAUUAAAAGGUAAAAUAACUGAUCACAUCAUCUCUCUUAUAUUAUAGGUGGGACAGAGAAAUGCUAUUUUUAAAAAUGAGCACUUUUUCUAUGGAAGUAUACAGGCGGUCCACGGUUUACGACAUCCUUGUCCUACGGCGUUGUGUGGUUAUGUGCCACCUCCCAUAAAUUUAUUAAGAAAUUCUUGUUCCUUCAUUCCAACGUACAAUGUUAAAAAAUAAUGUUGAUGUUGAUGUUUUUGGGAACGUUUUGAGCUUCAUUCUGGCUCCCAGGUGUCAGUCAGACUCUCCUGGUGUUUUUAUGUCCUAGAUUAUGAUGUGACCACUGUGUUGUGACACAGGCUCUUGGGUAGAGUAUAUGAGUUCCGUCACAUCAUCUAACAUUAGUCGAGGAAUCCCCUGUAUUGGCAACUCCUUUUUGGGUCACUGCUCAUUGUUUGAGAAUCAGAAUAUGUUCCUGCCAUAUUUUAGUGUCUUUUCCUUGGGUGCAAACAUUCAGCGACACAGGAGUUACCACGACUGUUACCACGUUUAUCACAUCGGUCAGAGUUAAUAUAGUUUAAAAGGUCAAAAAGCGCUACUGAUGAAUGCUUCAGACAGUCCAUGUGCAUACAUCGGGACUUUCUCGCUGCUAUGCUGUCAGCUGACAGAAGUAACACAAUAGAAGAAACAAUAGAGGGCCCUGUUUUACAAAGUAUGGUACUGUUCAUCUGUCAGUACUACUGUGUGUGGAUAGGUUUACUAAGUCAAAGGGCAAAUGCAUAAACCAGGGGUCACCAACUAUAUUUGGUGGAGAGCCAGAUAUUUCUGGACAGACACCUCAGAGACCACUCACUAAAAAAAAAUUAAGUAAAAAUCUUUUUUUUUUAAUUGGAUCAUAAAUAACGGGUAUUACUCUUUGAUCCUCACAAUUUUAGAAUCCAGUUAUUGGCCAAAUUGGAUGGUUCGGUUGGCCGGAUUUGGAUACGAGCCACUCGUAUAUACAAUUCCAAGUUAAAAGUUAGAACAUUUGAAAUUCUCCAAACUGGAGAUUCUAAAGUUCAAAUAACAAAGAUUUCUACAAUUGCCUAACAGCACCAGUCGAUGGAUCGUUCCCUGGACUUCCUGUCUGGAGUUAGCAUGUUGUUAGCCUCUUGUGUGGGUGGGUUUUCUCCAGCUAGUGCAGUUUCCAACCACAGUAAUUCCAACAUAAUUUGUUGUAGCUUUUUUCGCUUGAUUAUGUUACUGAAGUGGUUAAAAAGUUAUUUACCUUGUUUUACUUAUGGCUGCCAUAUUUGCUCUCUACAAGGCUAGCACCAGGUCCCAGCACUGACUGUGUCACUACUUAAUAAACCAUGUGAAAUCUAACGAAGCUAAAGACUUGUGGUGGCAUAGAUAUGAAAUGUUAAGACUUUUGCAAAGAGGCUAAAUUUGUUUCUUUGCAUCUUUAUUUUAAGUGAAGGUUCGAUGGCACACUAGCAUAGCCUUGGUGACAUAUAUGGUAGGCAAAUCUGUGUUUCAUCUUUAUCCAACCACACUUAUUAAAAAGAACACCCAUUCCCUUGAUGUAGUCUUAUUAAUGUUUGAAAGAUCUGAAAUUUACUAAUAUUUUUAACCAAAAAAAUCUCAGCACUUAUGUAACAAACUUAAAAUGUUGUAGCCUUACACUGUAGCUGUUGCCGAUUCUUUAGUGCCCAAGGAUAACAAUAAUUAAAAGUGUAGUUAAGAGCUUGGCACAUGAUUCAAAAAAUGCAAAGAUGUCACACAUUUCAUCUGUUAUAAUUAUCAUCAAAGCACCACAGUGCGUUUUGACAGAACGUUGUGAGGCUGUUACACUUGGUUAUAUUUUUUCAGUAUGCAUUUCCACUAUUUUUGACUACACAUAUGUAGCAUUGUGCCACAAGUUUUAACAACAAUGUGCUGGUGUUAAAACUUCUAAUCAAAGUUUAUAUUCUAGAGGUAAUUUAAUGUCACCAUGGCUCAUGGAAAACCUUUUCUAAUAAAACCCUAAUCAUCAA